AUGAAUUCAUUUGUGUACUCAUUCAAAAAUCCAAGUAGUGAAUUUGUAGAAUCAGCUAAUUUUGUACAAAACAAAAGGCCAAACCAAUUUUGUUUAAAGAUAUUUAAUUAGUAGUCAUAUGAAGAUUUUAAACUGGAAGACUAAUUAUAAUAACCUUUAUAAUAAUAAUCUUAAGAUUAAUAUCCUUAACUAAGUAUUAGCCAAUACUUCUUGAACCCUUAACUUAGUCUGGAAUUAAAAUCUAAAUUUCCUUCUCUAGAUAAAUAUAUCAAGAAAAAGAAAAUACAUAAAAAAGCAAAAUUAUAGUCAGCUGCAAUUAGAGAUUAUAAGAAAAAUAUAUGUAGAAAUAUUUUAAGACAUGGUAUAAAAGGAAUAAAUAACACACUGGCUUAAUUAUUUUUAUUAGAAAAGUUUAGAAAUAAUAAUCAAAAAUUAAUUGAAUUUCAAAGGUUUUAUUAAUAAAAUGUGGAAAUCAUAUCAGGUUUUAGAGUCCUUAAAGAUCAUUUAAUAAUUUAAGCAGGUGAACCUAAAGAAGAAUAAGAAAGAAAAAGAAUUUUUUAAUAAUAUCUCAUAUGGUUCUUGUCUUCAUAAGCAACAAAAUGUAUAUUAUAAUCAGAAGCAAAUAAUAUUGCCGAAUAUGUAAAAUAUAAAAAUGAUGUUUUAUUAUAUUAUGUCUAGUAACCUUCACAAUGGUAUUCUAAUAAACCUUUAUGGAGAUAAAAGAAUGAAGUAAUAUGA